UGUGGGAGAAGAGGAGGAGGAGGAAGAAUAGGAAGAGGGAGGUGUGUUGCUCUGCUGCGGCUGCUUCUGGAGAAAAUCCACUCCAGACAGACACACUUCCUCCUCUCCAGCACGGCCAGCUUUAAAAACUUGCAGCCCACAACAUUUUCUCCCUCUCUCCACGCUGACUUGCCAUCAGAGAGGAGGAAGCUCUCCAGACGUCCACAGGCUCAUCCUUUUGUUCUCUGCAUCCCUUUUCAUGUCUUCUGAGGCUUCCUAAAGGACCUUUAAGAGAAAACAGAAUCUGUGCAUCUGCAGACAGCAGUGUGUUGUGUUUUCACUGGAGAAAAUGAGGGCUGAGGUGCUGGUCGUCUGGGUGGCUUUGACCCUGUGCUGCGCUCCGGUCGCUGCUCGAGAAGAUGUGGAGGAGGAGAACAAACUCUCCGGAGACCGGAUCCAGGUGAGAGAAACCCGAGGACUGGUCGAGCCCAGGAGACAGACGGAGGAAGGGGGUGUUGAAAUGUCAGACGAGCCGGCUGAAGUGGCGCCAGAGGAGAGCACGAAACCAAAGAAAAAGAAAACACCUGAGGAAAUUGAGGCAGCCAGGGCAAAGAAAGCAGCAGAGAAGGAAGCCAAAGCAAAGAAGCAGAAAGCUCCUAAACCCACCAAAAAGCCAAAAGGCCCCAAACCCACCAAGAAACCCAAAGCGCCAAAACCCACAAAGAAGCCGAAAGCGCCCAAAGCGCCCAAAGCGCCCAAAGCCACCAAGAAACCAAAGGCGACCACCACAGUGCAGCCCAAAACCAAGCGUCCGUCUAUGGACAAGGAAGAGGAGCGGCUGCUGAUUGAACUGGGCUGGGACAGACUGAUUCCACCUGUGACCCCGAAUGGGCCUGGAUGGGAAGAGCCCGUCGAGCCAGGACUCGGUGAGGUGCCCAGGGGACGCCCUGAUACCAAAAAAACCACGACUACUGAGGUCAUCAUGUAUAUACCAGAGGAAGCCACCACCGUCCCGUAUAUCGGCGCCUGGUAUGAAGAGUAUGAUUACGCCGACUUGGCUGCUAAGAAACAAGAAGAAGAGGAGGAGAGAGCUCGUAAAGAAAAGGCGGAAAAAGCCGAGCGGCAGAGGAAGAAGUGGGAGGAGGAGGAAGAGGAGAGACUGAAGCAGAUCUCUGUGCCGGUGGAGCCAAAAAAGUGUCCUCCUCUGGGCUUGGAGUCUCACCGGGUGGAGGACGACCAGCUGCUGGCCUCCUCUCAGUCUCACCACGGCUUCACGGCUCAGAGGGGGCGGCUCAACAUGCAGGGCUCUAAGGAUGAGGAGGAUCUGUACGGCGGAGCGUGGUGCGCCGAGCCAGAAGAGAAAAACCACUGGUUUGAGGUCGAUGCCCGCCGAGAGGUGGAGUUCACGGGGGUCAUCACUCAGGGAAGAAACUCAGAGCAACUGGAGGAUUUUGUGUCGUCCUACUUUGUGGCCUUCAGUAACGACAGUCGUGACUGGACAAUACUGCAAGACGGCUAUGCUGAAUGGUUGUUCUAUGGGAAUGUGGAUAAGGACACGCCGGUGUUGGGUCAGUUCAGCCCGCCCGUGGUGGCUCGCUACAUCCGCAUCCUGCCUCAGAGCUGGAACGGCAGCCUGUGUCUUCGAGCGGAGAUCCUGGCCUGUCAACUACCCAGCAGCUACCGCAGUGAGAAUGAAGUCAACCCAUCAGACGACCUGGACUUCAAACACCACAACUACAAGGACAUGAGACAGAUGAUGAAGGUGAUAAACGAAGAGUGUCCCAACAUCACCAGGAUCUACAACAUUGGUAAAAGCUCUCAGGGCCUGAAGAUGUACGCCAUGGAGAUCUCCGACAACCCCGGAGAGCACGAGACAGGUGAGCCUGAAUUUCGGUACACAGCUGGUCUGCAUGGGAAUGAGGCGCUGGGUCGAGAGCUUCUCCUCCUGCUGAUGCAGUUUCUGUGCAAAGAGUACAAUGAUGGGAACCCCAGAGUGCAACGCCUGGUGGACGGAGUGAGAAUACACCUGGUGCCCUCGCUCAACCCCGAUGCUUACGAGCUGGCUUUCGAGAUGGGCUCGGAGAUGGGGAACUGGGCGCUGGGCCACUGGACCGAAGAAGGUUACGACAUCUUCCAGAACUUCCCCGACCUGAACAGCAUCCUGUGGGGAGCCGAGGACAGAGGCUGGGUCCCUCGCGUCGUGCCCAACCAUCACAUCCCCCUCCCAGAAAACUUCCUCAAUGGCUCUCUUGCUACUGAGACAAAAGCUGUAAUUUCCUGGAUGGAGCGGAACCCGUUUGUGCUCGGAGCUAAUUUGCAAGGAGGAGAAAAACUGGUUGCGUACCCUUUUGACAUGCAGCGUCCAGUAAUGUCUUUAACCGACAGCCGGCGUUGGAGAAGUAACACCGACAUGAACGAGGAGACGUGGGCUCGCAUCCAGCGGGAGAGGGAUGGAUCUCUGAGGGAGACGCCCGACGACGCCAUGUUUCGCUGGUUGGCGAUGUCGUACGCCCACAGCCAUCUGACCAUGACGGAGACCUACCGAGGCUCCUGCCAUGGUGACGAUAUCACCGGGGGACAGGGCAUCAUCAACAGAGCCAGCUGGGAUCCAGUGGUGGGCAGUAUGAAUGACUUCAGCUACCUGCACACCAACUGCUUUGAACUGUCCAUCUUCUUGGGCUGUGACAAGUUUCCCCAUGAGAGUGAACUGCCUCUGGAGUGGGAGAACAACCGCGAGGCUCUGUUGGCCUUCAUCGAACAAGUUAAUCGAGGGAUAAAGGGUGUAGUGAGAGACGUGGAGGGAAAUCCGCUGCCUAAUGUCACCAUAUCUGUGGAGGGGAUACGGCAUGAUGUCAAAACGGCUCCAGGUGGUGACUACUGGCGGCUGCUGAAUCCCGGCGAGUACAGGGUGACGGCCAAAGUUGACGGCUACACCCCUCAGACCAGACUUUGCACGGUGGGCUACGACUCCGGGGCCACUUCCUGCAGCUUCACCUUAGCCAAAUCCAACUGGGACCGCAUCAAACAGAUCAUGGCGCUCAACGGCAAGAGGCCCAUUCGACUGGUCACCAAAGUCAACGCGGUGAAAACGACUGCGGCCAGCAGCCCUGUGACCGCCACCGUCGACAGUCACGCCAGCGCUCAGAACGCAGAACGACUCAGGCGGCUCCGGAUCAUGCGUUUACGCCGGCUGCGUCAGCAGAGAUUACGAGCCGGUCUUAGCACAACUACUGCUACAACAACCACAACAACAACCACAACAACAACCACCACGACAGCAGCCCCGACAACAAUACCUGAAACAGAGAGGACAACUUCCUGGUACGACUCCUGGUUUCCGGUGGACAGUUGGAUCACCGAGAACCCGUUCGAUAGCGUCAUCUUUAACUCGGCGCCCACACAGGACUAUCCUUUUGAAUACACUAUUGACUGAUUACAACAUUCAGCGAGCCCACAUCUAUGUAUACCUUACUAACCACUUCAGUUUGCUGCAACAUCACAGCUUUAAUAAAAAAUACAAAAACACA